AAGGAGAGGAGCUUUACGGUUUAGCGCCGAUCCAGAAACCUUGUCGUAACGUGGUAAAACAGCGUUCUUCGCGCAGUACACAGGAGAACACUGCAUCGCGUUGUUCGUGUCCUUUUCGUGGAUGUUCGUGAGACUUCCGUACAUAUUGGGGUUAGUGCGCAGCUUCUCGUCGGUCAACAUCAAACUGAUACCGACCUCUGCCUCACGUCUGUACAGUUCUGCACACGCCUGUGAUAAACCUCGGGUAACUGGAGCAACAUGGCGUGACUAACCGUGUGGCAAAGUUGUGUUCGUUGCCGUGAUUGGCUGUGCGGUUGGCAUGGCAACGUAUGACGACUUGGAGGGCCCUUCGCCCUUGCAGAGGACGACGAAGACGAGACUGCAGCAGCUGGUGUACUCGUCGUUUGCUGACUUCCGCAAAGAAAACCUGCUCUACGACACGAAACUUGUCGUCGGUGAAGAAGAAUUCCGUGCACACAAAAUUCUCUUAGCAGCUUGCAGCAAGUACUUCUUCAGCUACUUCAAGAACUCUGGAAAUGACGUCAACUCCGUUUCCGUUGUGGACUUGACCAAAUUUCGGGAGAUCACCCCAGAAGGAAUCCGUGUCGCCUUGGACUUCAUGUACGAGGGCAAACUUCCGGAGCCGGGCGACGACAACUUGCAGAAGAAAUUCCGCGCCACGAAGGAAUUCCUGAGAAUUCCACUCUAUACGGACUACUGUGACGUCGUCAAUGAAGACGUGCUGCGAGAUCUUAGAGAAUUCGUCCAAUACUCGCUCCAGAGUUUUCGCUCACAGAAAGUUUUCUUUGACAUUACGAUAAAGACCAAGGGGAAAAAGUUUCGAGCCCACAGAAUUCUUCUGGCAGCUUGCAGUCGGUAUUUUAGGUCGAUGUUCACCUUAAACUUUAAAGAGGGCAAAGAACAUGAGAUAAAUUUAGCAGACGUACCUACUCAAGUGUCCGUCCGGUCACUCAAGGACUUAAUCGAACUCAUUUACACGGGAGAAAUAGAAAUAAAUGUAGACAAUUUCGAGGAACUUUUGACAGCUUCGUUCUUCCUACAAAUGGAGUUUCCGCAGGACCUGUGUGCCAAGUUCAUCGCGGCUAACAUUGACCUUGAGAACUGUGCAGACGUGUUGAGGUUAGCCGAGGGGUAUGGGAUGGAAGAGGUCAUAAAGGCAGCGUAUUACUUUAUGCAGGAAAACUACGACGAACUUUCCCAGACAGAUCACUACAAGCGUCUCCCUGAGGACCUGGCGGGGCUGCUGGGGUUCCUGCCGCGGAAACAGCUGGCUGGCAUCGCCUACAGACAGUCCAACUACCAGUCUGCCUUCAACUCACCAGACAUCGUGCUGUACGAUGACAAGAAAUGGAAGUACUACUUCGACUCGAGUAUAUUCCCCAGGUUCACGUCCUUGCCGAAAGAGAUCGCUGACACGGCCACGUUUGAGGUCGCAGUACUUGACAACAUCAUUUACGUCAUCGGUGGCUUCCGCUUCCACGACAAGAGGAGGGAUUUUCUUCCAACCAAUGAGGUUCAUUGCUACGACUGUGUGUUCCGGGCCUGGAACGAGUCCAGCCCGAUGAUCAACGAGAGAGAUUUGUUUCGCACGGUUGUCGUCGGCGGUGAAAUCUACGCCAUUGGUGGGAGGGGGGCAGUGAACAACUACCAGUCUACAGUGGAGAGGUUCAACCCUUUAACCUUCACGUGGAAACUGACGGAACCAUUACCUCUUGGCGCCAGCGACCAUGCCGCGGCAGAAUGUUUCGGCCAUAUCUUUGUGUCCGGAGACUCGUCUUGUUGGGUGGACGGAAUGCCGCGCACGCUGUUCUACCAUCCGGACACCAAACAGUGGGACAAGCUGGACGAGUUUCCCAUCGUGCCUUGCAGGCGUAGUGGGAUGGUCGGUCUCCGUGACAAGCUCUACAUAAUCGGGCUGGAGUCUGUGGCCUGUUAUGAUGUCAAGAUCGGACAGUGCUCGUCUCUGGCCAACCUGCCGUCCCCCCAGACAUCCUCAUUCUACUUCACCAGCGACUGUACUCUCCGCAACGAGAUCAUCUGUGCAACCAAUAAGGGAGACUGUUACAGCUACGACACGGAGAAGGACGCGUGGAGAGAGAUGGAGAGUUUCCCUGAGAUGCAGAUCUGUACGCGGGGGGUGAUGGUCUUCACCUUCUGGAUGGAGACAGACGAGGACUACCUCACAGCAGCCCAGCUGACGGAGGCUUAGGCCUCAGCUUUCCCUGAUAUUCAAGCAGAUGUAAGGAUCAGGCCCAGUCUCAGUGUUUAACCGUGUUUUUGCGGCACGUUCCCUCCCCCAUCGUCUCUCUCUCUCCCUCUCACUUUCCCCCUUUUUUUCUUUCGUAUUUUUUUUUCAUUUUUGUUUUUUGUUUUUACCAGUUUGAAAUAGUGCUAUUCAAAACGUACUGAAUGAGGAAAACCUGACGCGUAAAUCAUGACGGAGUCGGAUCCUUCAUCUGCUUGGAAAUCAGCGUUUUUUCCUCAUGCGCAGUGUAGAUGUGUGCUGGGCAUAUUCUCUACAUAUCGCCAAACAACUCUACGCCAAAGUGGAAGUAUAGGGUCGUGUGAGUCAGUAUAUUGGCAGGCAAUAAGCCUCAGUCUCGGUCCGUGCAAGAACUUAUAGGGAUCUAAAGGAGACUUGCCCGGAUAGAAUCUUGAAAAAAGGAAUUUAUAUUACUUUUAGAAUAUGUAGCUUGAUCUUAUUUCAAAACGUCGUAACCGUUGUUGGAAAUAUUUCUGUUGUAAAGUUUUAGCAACUCAACACACUAAAUGUAUUGAAUAAUGAAAGUGUACAGGAAUGAUUUCGUAUAGCACUGAAAGUAAUGCGAUGCACAGGGUCUUUUCUUAGUCAUCAUGACGUAUACACUGUGGUUUUGUUGUUGUUUGUAUGUAUAUACAAAGGAUGCAAUUAAAAUGUAUACACUGAUUUAAGUUGGUAAAUUGACAGGCAAAACUGAAGACCAAUUAAAGUCACAGGAUUGUGGAAAAUG